AUGCAAUAUAAAUUCCCUUAAACAAGUGCAAUUAUAAGAGAAAAUAUCAGCGAAAAAUCAUAUGAUUGUCUAAAAGAUUUUAUUAAAGAAGGAGAUGCAGUCAAAACUGCUAUCGGUUUAUCUUCUUUACAUAAUGCGGCCGAUUUACUAUAAUUCUAGAAACUUUUUACAACUAUUAACAUUAUUAUGCUAACCCCUUUAUAUAUACUUCCUAAUGAAAAUGAUAUAAAAAAAUUCAUGGAAAAAUAUUCAAUUAAAGAUGAGGAUUUUGAUGGUGAAAAGUUAAUUUAAUUAGUUGAUGAUAAUUAAGCAUUGUAUGAUGAAUGUGUUAAGCAAUAUCAAAAAGAUAUAUAGGCUCUAGAUUAACUUUAAGGUAUUGAAUAAGAUAGUGAUGAGGAAUUUACUUAAUGA